AUGCCCGAUCAGCCCCCGCUAGCCCGUUCAACUAUUACCGACCUCUUCAACGCGCCGAAUAGUCCUUUUUCUGUGCCUGACUCGACGCAAGAAGACUUCAAUCGCGAACCAGGAAUUCAGGCGAUCGGUUUCAUCGGAGAGCAUUCAGCAAUGGCAUGGCUACAUCGACUCAAGUCCAUACUCGAACAAGACCCUAUCACGUCAUCUAGCCCUCUGGGGCACUUCAAUGCCCCAUCCUUUUCUUCAGUUGAUUAUUACGAGAAUGGAUAUGAGAUAGAUGUUCGAGAGGAUUUAGAUGUCUUUGAGCGACCGAAACAGGCCGAGGUUGACGAGCUCAUCGACAUAUAUUUCCAAGUUAUUCACCCUUCAUUUCCAAUCAUUGGAAAAGCAACCUUCCUCGCGCAAUACCGAUCGCUUUAUUCAAACCCAACUGCAAGGCCUGGAAGACAAUGGCUUGCGGUGCUCAAUUUCAUUUUUGCUAUUGCGACAACACACUUCUCGCCGAAACGAGAGACGACUGUAUGUGACAGGCAAAUCCGCCGAGCUUACUUUUCACGGGGAUGGAUUCUUUCUAUUGACAAGACAUCCCUACGGGAACAUGCAAACUUGCAACAAGUGCAGGCCGAAGGAUUAGCAUCGUUCUACCUACUAUCAGUUGGCCAGGUCAACAGAUCCUGGAAAUCCUGUGGUACUGCAAUUCGCUCCGCUUUAGCCAUGGGGCUCCAUUUGCGCAACGAAAGUCAGAUUCCUCUGGCUUCGAAAGAGAUCCGAUAUCGGGUAUGGUGGGCUUUGUACAUGCUGGAUACUUCUCUUUCUGAGCUCACAGGCCGACCACCAAGUGUUGAAAGGGGCUUCUGCACAACACCGCUUCCCAUACCCUUUGAAGAGGAGAGUCUAUACACUGGGCCCUUUCGAAAAUAUGUUCAAGACGUGGCGAGUGAAUUCACCGAAGACGAAUCAUCAUAUCGUCAAAGCUCGAGAAAGAGAGCGUUAGACGAAGGUGAAAAAAACGCUAUUUUGAUCCCAGAAUACCCUCCACCGAGCAACUCGUUAUGUUUCUGGUUCGCGAUGAGUCUCUCGAUGAUUAAGCGUGAGGUGAUAGAAAGCCUUUAUGCGCCUAGUGCACCGCAAAAGCAGUGGGGCAUACUCGAACUCGCGAUAUCUUCCCUGAACACCAAAGUCGAUACUUGGAUAGCAUCACUCCCUGCGUCCUACAAUUUCCAGACUGCGGGCAAACCGAUAUCUUCCAAUCGCCAUUCAGCCAACCUUGCGUUUCAAUACUAUUGCACCAAGAUCUUGAUCACGCAGCCAUGCCUUCGUCAACUUAUGCAUUCCUCAGAAGCUCCGAAGAGUCCUGAGCUUUCAUAUGACUCAACACCAGGGAUAUGCAUUCAUGCUGCAAUCCAGAUGAUUGAACUACUACCAAAUCAACCGAACUUGACUUGGCUUUAUGGUCUGUUCCCUUGGUGGAGUGCCCUUCAAUAUAUUGUUCAGGCCAUCACUAUCAUGUUGACUGGGUCCUUUUUGCGAUCGAAAUUUGGCUCGUUGUGCCACGUCGGUAUCCCACAACGCGUAAGGAAAGCUCAAGAAUGGCUCAAGGAGUUGUGUAAGGUUCAUGUUUCUGCUCGUAAGGCCUGGUUGAUGUUCUCGGAUAUCAUCUCAAGUCACGGGGCGAGGCUUGGCUUUCCUGAUUCAUGA